AGGAGGAGGAAGAAGAAGAGGAGGAGGAAGAGGAGGAAGAGGAGGAGGAAGAAGAAGAGGAGGAGGAGGAGGAGGAAGAAGAAGAGGAGGCAACUGAGCCUCCCAGCAAUCAUACAGAAACACACCUGAACUUUACAGAGUCUCCUCUCAGCGCGUGUCAGACUGCUGACAGGGAAAUCAGCUGCAGGGGCAUCGGCAUGACUCACCUGCCAGUCAUCCACAACCUGAAGGCCACAAACUUGGACAUGGCAGAGAACAACAUCAGAGUCAUCGCUGCACAGGAUUUCUAUGGUAUACCGAACCUGGACACACUGGAUCUGAGCCAGAAUGAACUGGAUGAUGAGUCGUUCAAUCAAAGCUCCCUGACUAACUUGAUCUUUCUGAAGAAGCUGAACCUAGAUGGAAACCAGCUUACCAGGAUCCCAGUGCUGCCGCCAUCUCUGGAGGUCCUCAAAAUAAACAACAACAAGCUCAGUACACUCACCCCUCACUGUUUCAAAGGUUUGAUGAACCUGUUGAGUCUGGAGCUGGAGCAGAAUACUCUCCAUGAGGCCAGUGUGUCACCUCUAGCCUUCAGGCCAUUAGAGAGACUUCUGGACCUUCAGUUGAACAGCAACCACUUCCGUACCAUCCCUCUUGGACUUCCUCCGUUUCUUCAGGAGCUAGAGAUGAAGGGGAAUCUGAUUGAGGAGGUAACAGAGGAGGCACUGAGGGGCUGUGUCCAUUUGAGAGUGUUGGACCUGAGUCAUAACUGGCUGCAUGAACAAAGCAUCUCUACAGGUGCCUGGACCCAUCUCAAGUCUCUAGAAGCCUUGGACCUGUCCUACAACCAGUUCACCUUUGUCCCAAUGAAUCUGCCUCGUCAUCUCCGUAAACUGACCCUCCAGCACAACAACAUCAGUCACGUUCCAGCCUUCACGUUCCGUCACCUGCGGCCUGGCCUACAGUCCCUCCAGCUAUCCCACAAUCUUUUAAGCAAUGAAGGUAUCGAUAGAGUCUCUUUUGUUGGAACGUACCGCUCACUGGGUGAGCUCCUGUUGAACAACAAUCGUCUGAGGGAUGUUCCUCGCUGCGUUCGACAGUUUAAGAACCUCCAGGUGCUGAGGCUGGAUAACAACCAGAUCAGGAUGGUGAGGCAGUGGGGGGUGUGCCACCCUCGCAAUUCUGGCUCCACCCUGGCUACAGUCCACUUGGAAAAUAACUUGCUGGAGGUGGAGAGGAUUCCACCAAACGCUUUCUCCUGUCUCGUUGAUGCUCAAGGACUGGUCCUGUAUCCACAGCAGGAGCACUCAUAUGACCAGUAGACCACACAGUGGGACAGAUACAUAUUCACAAUAUAUGCUUGUGCAUCCUGAUGGAGAAAUAGCUUUUUGUAGUUAGCUUAGGUGGUCAACACUAUCAUUUUAUCAUGUCAAAACCCAUGCUUUUCUUUCACACCUUGUCUUUGAUUAGGAAAAUGACUGUACUGUUGUUGUAUGCAUUACUUUGUAAAGCAAAUGUGUAAUUUACACUGUAAUGGAACUCAUCAUCAUAAAAAAUUCUUGUGGAAGUGUAAAAGGAUAAGGAUACAUUGCAGUGGAAUCCAGAUCUGCUGCAAACACUGGUUUUAAUCUGUCUUCUAAUUAAAGUCUAAGGUAUUGAAGUGAUACUUUGGAGAAAAUGAAGACUGGACUGGAUUAACCCAUGUCUGUAAUCUAAGUCUGGGUCUUGCAGGAGUCUUUAGUCAGGGUAAGUACAAAUAAAA